GCGCCGGGGGUUCGGGCUCGGCUCGAGAGGGCUGGCUCUUCAAAUGGACCAAUUAUAUCAAAGGCUACCAGCGGCGGUGGUUCGUGCUGAGCAACGGGCUCCUGAGCUACUACAGGUCAAAGGCAGAGAUGAGACACACUUGCCGUGGUACCAUCAACCUCGCCACGGCCAACAUCACCGUGGAGGACUCCUGCAACUUCAUCAUCUCCAACGGCGGCGCUCAGACCUACCAUCUGAAGGCGAGCUCAGAAGUGGAGCGGCAGCGCUGGGUGACGGCCCUGGAGCUGGCCAAGGCGAAGGCUGUGAAGAUGCUGGCAGAAUCGGAUGAGUCAGGAGACGAAGAGUCUGUCUCACAAACCGACAAGACGGAGCUGCAGAACACCCUGCGGACGCUGUCCAGCAAAGUGGAGGACCUGAGCACGUGCAACGACCUGAUAGCCAAGCACGGCACAGCGCUGCAGCGCUCCCUCAGCGAGCUGGAGGCCCUGCGGCUGCCCGCCGAGAGCAACGAGAAGAUCAAGCAGGUCAAUGAACGGGCCACGCUCUUUAGGAUAACAUCCAAUGCCAUGAUCAAUGCCUGCAGAGAUUUCCUCAUGUUAGCCCAGACCCAUAGUAAAAAGUGGCAGAAGUCCCUUCAGUAUGAGAGAGACCAGCGUAUCCGGCUGGAGGAGACCCUGGAGCAGCUGGCGAAGCAACAUAAUCACCUGGAGAGGGCCUUCCGGGGGGCCACGGUGCUGCCAGCCAACACUCCGGGCACUGCUGGUUCUGGAAAAGAUCAGUGCUGCUCUGGCAAAGGAGACAUGAGUGAUGAAGAUGAUGAGAAUGAGUUUUUUGAUGCUCCUGAGAUCAUCACCAUGCCUGAGAAUUUGGGCCACAAACGGACUGGCAGCAACAUCAGCGGGGCCAGCAGUGACAUCAGCCUGGAUGAACAGUACAAGCAUCAGCUGGAAGAGACCAAGAAGGAAAAGAGAACUAGAAUACCAUACAAGCCAAACUACAGCCUCAAUUUAUGGAGCAUCAUGAAGAACUGCAUUGGAAAAGAACUCUCAAAGAUCCCCAUGCCGGUGAACUUUAAUGAGCCCUUAUCCAUGCUUCAGCGCCUUACUGAAGAUCUGGAAUACCAUGAGCUGUUAGACCGAGCUGCAAAAUGUGAGAACUCUCUAGAACAGCUCUGUUACGUUGCAGCUUUCACCGUGUCCUCCUACUCCACUACUGUCUUCCGUACCAGCAAGCCAUUCAACCCACUCCUUGGGGAGACUUUCGAGCUGGACCGAUUAGAGGAGAAUGGGUACCGCUCCCUCUGUGAGCAGGUGAGUCAUCAUCCUCCUGCUGCUGCACACCAUGCCGAGUCCAAAAAUGGCUGGACAUUGCGUCAGGAAAUCAAGAUCACCAGCAAAUUCCGAGGCAAAUACCUCUCCAUCAUGCCCCUCGGUAAGGCCGCCAUCUGUGUAAAAAAGAAAGAUUUUCUGGCAUGAAAGAAGUGGUCACUGGUUUAAUAGUCAGGAGACUAGAAAUCUGAUUUGGGUACUGAGCCUUAACUCGCCAGCGUUGGGCAGGUCAUUUCACUUCUCAGCGAUCAAAUGAGUGAGGAGGCAUGAGAUUCUUUAAGGACCCAUCCAGUCAUAAAUGCUUCUUCUUAGUUAUAUCUAAUAAAUCUUUAAGUAUUAUUUUAGAACAUAAAAUCGAGCGUGCUUAAAACUGUUUCUCUUAACCAGUGUUGUUGCCCCCACUGCUCUAGCAGUCAGCUUAGCUUCACUCCAUAAAUCACAGUUCCUGUGACUGCAAGGUUAGGUUUCUUGGGCGGUCCCUCCCCUUUUGCUCUCCUUUCUCCCCUCUCUCUUCCACCACUGGAAGGGUGAAGUAUCAUUUAUGAAUGG